UCCGGUGUACCCGCAAAAAACAGACAAGCAAAGCAGCAACUGGUGAGGAAUCAAAGAAUCUCCGUGCAAAACGUAGGCAGCUGGCAGCCGAACGGCCAGGUCUGAAUCAUGAAGUUUGUCAGAUUUUUAAUGAAGAACGCGGCUUUGGCCAAUGCGCCCAAACAUAUCGAGCAUUUUGCAAAAUUCUCUCCAUCGCCUCUGUCUAUGAAGCAGUUUCUGGAUUUUGGUUCCACCAAUGCCUGUGAGAAGACCUCGUUUGUUUUCCUGAGGCAGGAGCUGCCGGUGCGUCUCGCUAACAUCAUGAAGGAAAUCAACCUGCUACCUGACCGCCUAGUGAGUACGCCAUCCGUGCAGCUGGUUCAGAGCUGGUACAUCCACAGCUUGCUGGAUCUCCUGGAGUUUCUUGAUAAGAGUCCCGAUGACCACAGUGCAUUGGGAGACUUCACAGAGGCGCUGGUGACAAUUAGAAACAGACAUAAUGACGUGGUGCCCACCAUGGCACAGGGGCUCAUAGAGUACAAAGAAGCUUUUGGGCAGGACCCGGUCACCAACCAGAACGUGCAGUACUUCCUCGACCGCUUCUACAUGAGCCGCAUUUCCAUCCGGAUGCUUAUCAACCAGCACACACUGAUCUUCAACGGCAACACAAAUCCUGCCCACCCCAAUACGAUUGGCAGCAUCGACCCACAGUGUGACGUUUCCGAGGUGGUCAGAGAUGCCUAUGAAAGUGCCAAGAUGCUCUGUGAUCAGUACUACCUGGGGUCUCCUGAGCUCGAGAUUGAAGAAAUCAACGCUAACACUUUACGGCAGGCCAUUCGCAUCGUCUAUGUGCCUUCACAUCUCUACCACAUGCUGUUUGAGCUCUUCAAGAAUGCCAUGAGGGCUACGAUAGAAAACCAUGAAGGAAGCCGCUCACUCGACCCCAUCAAAGUCAUGGUGGCCCUUGGGGGAGAAGACCUGACUAUUAAGAUGAGCGACAGGGGCGGCGGAGUUCCUCUUCGUAAGAUCGAGAGGCUCUUCAGCUACAUGUAUUCAACGGCACCCACCCCUCAGUUGAACGACAAGCACCGGGCCCCUCUGGCUGGCUUUGGUUAUGGGCUUCCCAUCUCCCGUCUCUACGCUCAGUACUUCCAGGGGGACCUAAAGCUGUAUUCCAUGGAGGGAUAUGGAACUGACGCUGUCAUCUAUUUAAAGGCGUUAUCUACAGACUCCGUCGAGAAGCUCCCCGUUUAUAACAAGUCAGCCUGGAGACAUUAUAAAGUGAACCAGGAGGCAGACGACUGGUGUGUCCCUAGCAAGGAGCCCCUGGACAUGGCCAACCUCCGGGCCACCAAGUAAAAAUGAGGGUCCUCAUUCUGUUCAAGCACCACAUUUAGCCUUUUACUGAAUGGUGCAGAAAAGGAACUGAGCAAUCACCGAGAGGGGGAAAGUAUGUGAUCGAGCACCAUACUUAAAAAUGGCAGUAAAUGGACGAGGCCUCGAUUUGGGUGGAGAGUCGUUGACAUUUCAGACGGUUGCUCUUUUUUUUUUUUUGCUUUUUGUUGUUUCCUUUACACUUCUUAAAACAUUUCUGAUCCGGUGGACUAACCCUCGGUGCGUUCACUCGGAGUCUUGAGGGAACUGAACCACAAGGUGGAGAUGGCAUGUCAGAGGUCAGCAAGCCUUAGCGCAAGUUUGUGGGAAAUGGAUUGGAUUAUAACAUUUAGACUUUCUUAUUGGACGGGGUGUCACGUCUUCUUCUCAUCUGUGCCCCAAUCCCACCCUGUGGGGCUUAACUCACACUAAACAAGGUAUAAAGCCAGUAUGGUUAUAAUCUGCAGCACUAGUUCUAUUAUCCCCACCUCCAUAUGCACCUACGUUUGCCACGCCCCCUCACAGUAUAACCAGCACACUGUUUGUAGGCCACACCUCCAAAUGUCCCGCCCACACCUUCUAAAUGUCCCGCCCACACCAAGACUUCACACCCCAGUCUCACUGUCGUCUCUCUUCAGGGCGUUCAGUUAACGGCGGUGGAUGCUAAGCAGUGAAUUGCAGUUGAUGGGAAUUAAACGCUAAAAGAUAAAAAAUAAGAAAUGGCUCACUUGAUGAUUGAAUCUUUUCCAUCUGUUGCCAGUGCAGCUCCUUUUUUUGGAGCGGAGGUGCAGAAAUCAAAUAUUUUGUAUUUAUGUACAGUAUAAACAUAGCAAGGAUGCUGAAUUUCCAAAAAUGUGUCCAUUUAUUUAUUCCGUAAUUUUAACCAAACGUUUCAUAUUUCACCUCGUCACAAAUUAUAGUCAUUUUCACCAUUUUGCUUUAUACUCGGAGCGCAUUCCGGAAACUUUUGGUACCAUGACCCUUCUCCAGAGAGGAUGGGGUUGAGCGGCAGCUGCAAUUCCAUAAAUAUAUACCGUAAAUCAAAAGGUUUUAAUAUUCACGUUGACAAAGUGAAAGAUGCAUCAUGCCGUUUUAAGCUUUUUUCAUCUCCGAGGUUGUCUUCUACAUGAACCCCGAGCCAUCUGAAUUCUACAAGGUUGGACAUUUGAAAAAUACUUCGGUAUGAUACUGUAACACACAAAAAGGCUUAUAAGGAGAGGUGGGGUCUCAGCUUGGGAAAGAUUAAUCUUAUGAUUAACUAAAAAUGGU